CAACACAUUACUUUUGCCUGCAUCAAAAAUCGUUAUGGGGGGUCCCGAUCCUUUCAGGCGUGAGCGCACUACGUUCAACAAGAGGACCCGUACUUUACUGAGCAAAGCACACGAACUAGCUACCCUUGCUGGAGCAGAUGUAUACCUCGUUAUCCAUCAUCCACGGGCCACGAUUACGUAUAACUCAGUACAAGACACGAAUUGGCCGCCAGCUGAUAAAGAAUUGGAAACAAUUUAUCCUCAUUUGCAACGUCUAAAUCAGACCUUCAGCAAUGAUUCAAGUGACGAGGUGGAUCACGAGAUGUUUUUACGGUUCUGCCAGUACUGUGCCUACCGAUGCCAGCUUUUAGAAUCGAUGGAACCGCAGGCAUUGUCUCAAUCAACCGACAUACCGUAACAUUGACAUCCAUGGCUCGCCGGCGGCUCGGUCGCGAAACUGCCUGGUGUUGCGGCAAUUUGUGAGUUGCAAGGCGGAACCAUAUGUAUAUAAGGCGUAAGAAGAUUGUUGCAAGCCACGAAGGUAGUAUAGUCCGAAAUUUAUUGGGACAUCAUUCUCACUCGAUACAAUGGAUAAAAGAAUUGGUUUAACUUAUACCAUUGUUUUGGCAAGCCUAGUAUCGCUGAUGAUAUUGUUCCGUGUCGUGUUCAGUAU